AUGGCGAUGGCUAUACAAGAAGCACGAAGGGUGGUAAAGCUUUAUAGCUGUGAAUUUGAAAGUGUUCAAACUGUUCGUGAAGGGUAUUCUAUUAUUCUUGAACAUCCAGCUACAUUUGAGAAGUUGGCAAUGGACCCAGAGCUGAAGAGGAUCCUCAAAGAAGAUCUGGACAGGUUUGUUAAAAGAAAGGAGUGGUAUAAGAAAGUUGGCAGAGCAUGGAAGCGAGGGUAUUUGAUUUACGGCCCUCUGGGGGUACAGUCUACACUAUCGGGUUUAUUGAACGUCAUAGACGGAUUAUGGUCGAACAAUGGAAAUGGGCGAAUUAUUGUAUUCACCACCAAUCAUAAGGACCAACUUGACCAGCUUGAUCCUGCUUUGCUUCGCUCAGGCCGCAUGGACAUGCGUGUGAACAUGUCAUAUUGCAGCAUGUAUGGGUUCAAGCAGUUGGCUUCUACUUAUCUUGAUAUCAAUGGUGACCACCAACUCUAUGGACAGAUUGAACCAUUGUUUGAGAAAGUAGAGGUUACCCCUGCUGAAAUUGCUGAGGAACUUUCAAGGACUGAAGAUACCGAUUUUGCUCUAAGAGGAGUUGUCGAACUACUUGAGGAAAAAACAAAAAAAAAGGAACUCGAGAAUGCAAUGAGCAUGUGA